CAGCAAUUUGAGAUUUGUUUUCACACUCGAACUGAAUAAACGAGAAAGAAAUCAGAGAAAUGGAAUCGGAUGACUUGUCGUUUCUAGAGAUCUCCGGAGAAGAUGAUUCGCUGUUGCCGCUGCAAAAGAUCCUUAAUGACAACGCGACAAGUUUCGAUAAGACCUAUUUCACUUGUUCGCCUCUGCUAAUCCCCAGAUCUAAGCGUUCCGUUCAUCCCCCCUCGCCUCUUGUUUCUCCAAUUGCAGGAGUGACGAGCAAGGAGAAUGAAGAAAAUCUAAGUUUAUCAUCACAUAGUGAUAGUGUUAAUGAAGGGAAUACAAGCUUAAACAAACCGGAAGUGCCAAAACUCAGUAUAGAGCCCCAGCAAAUGAAGAGGAAGAAGAAGGGUGGAGGGUACAAUUUGCGCAAAAGCUUAGCAUGGAACCAAGCUUUCUUUACUGAAGAAGGUGUUUUGGAUCCUUGGGAGUUGUCUUUAAUUAGUGGUGACAUUGGUAAGUCUAGUGGGCCGCUGUUGCCACUUAUUGAUGAAGAUCGGAGCGAAUCAUUGGUGGCUGAAUCAGAAGAUCUGACAGCUCUUGAAGAAAAUUUGUAUAAGGAGUUGCCAGCAAGUACUAUAAAGGAGGAUAGAAAGUGUGGCAGUACAUCAUUGCCAAAGAAGGGUGCAUCCACUGGAGUUAAUUGUAUUGUAGCAUCAACUUCAGCGGCUAAGCAAAAGGUGCUUUCAGCUCAAGAUGUUAAUAGAUGUGGAUCUAAACGCAGUGGUUGCCCAAGACCUGCGGCUUCAUCUACUGUGAAAAGGCCUGCGACUGUCAACAAAACUAAAGCAGCAACUAAAGAAUUAAACAUGCCAAAGAUACCAGUCCGAAAACAAGAUCCCUCUGUUCAUACUGCAACUGUUAAAACCAAUAUUGAGGGAGUCAGCAACAUAAAGCAGAAUCAGAAUGUUCAACAAGUCAGUUUUCAAAGAAACAUUGGACUAAGGUGUUCCUCAAACAAUUCUAAAACUGCCCGAAGUAAUGCCAGAUCUGGUUUGCAACCCAGCAAAUCGGUAGUUGUGAAAUCUUCUGUUCAACAGGCUAAAAGAAAUGUGGCCAGCGCAGCACGGAAAACCCAGUCGUCAAACAAUUCACAGCAUUCUUUUGUCACCAAAGCUAAUGAUGCCUCAGAGAUCAACCCAGGUCCAGCUCUUCCAGCUUCUGGGAAUUUAUCAUACAACCAUGAGAGUAAUGAAAUUGCGACUUCUUUUCCACCAAAGUUUCCCAGUACUGGUGGAAGCAUGCAACAUUCACAAGUACAAACUGCAAAGCCAUCAGGUUUGCGGAUGCCAUCACCAUCAUUGGGAUUUUUUAAUCAGUCAAAAGUUUCUUCUUCACAUAACAUAUUACAGAGAAGUAAUAAAGCUUGCAAUGUUCCCGAAUCAAACAUUCCUAAUUUGAGGAAAUUUGAUGCCUUCAAUGUUAUCCGUGAGAAGCCCAUUCCUGCCCCUGGGAAGAUGCCUGACAUUGUAAGUGGUCUGACAUCAAGUGCAAAUAAGGGAGUCCCAGGUUCAGUUACAGAAUCUAAUCGUCAUUCUGAUUCACUUGAAAAGACAGAAUCCAACUUGCCUGGAAAUGCUACUCAAAAGGUGGAACUUAAUGCGCCAUCUAACUUUAACAGUUUUGACACUGUAAAUAAUGAGCAAAGUUUUCAUAUAUACAAUGACACUAACCAGAAAUCUCUGAAAACGGGGGAACAAAGAACAUAUGAGAAGAAUUCUCCUGCAGUGGAUAGUGAACUACAGUGUAGCGAUGAUAGAUUGCUCUUACGAAGUGCACAAUCUGAUCAAUUCAUGAAAGAUGAUGCCAAAGAGAGAGUAGCUAGUAUUUGCCCAAUGAAUAUAGAAAUGACUGAGCCCAAAUUGGAGAAUGCUCAUAUUACGUCCCAACUUGACCUGGCAGUGCAAGUUCAAGGUGUUUUUGAGACAACGGAUUUUAUUGACAGCAAAUGUGAGGAGAACAAAGUAUGUCAUGUGUCAAUUAAGGAUCACAGGUCCUCUUCACAGUCACAAUCUGGAGACGUCCAUGGUGCUGUUUCAGAGUCACAAUCUGGAAAAGCCAAUGUUUAUAGUAUUGAGGGUCUUUCAAAACAGCAUGAUGAUUUGUUAAGCUGUGCAAAUGAAGAAAACAUGAAACAAGCAGAUGAGACAAUGCCUUCCACCAGUCAGGUAGAACAGAUUAAAAGUGAAAGUCCAAGUCCAUGGACAAACAAUGGCACAUUUUCACGGGAGAGUAGAUCCUUAGAGUUUCAGAAGUGCACUGGUACGGAGAUUGCUAAUUCCAGUACAGAAUGCAUUGCUGCAACUGAUAACUUCUGUAAAAAAUCACAGUUGCAGUCUGCCAAUGUCAGUCUAUCAGCUGGAAGGGGAAAAGUUGUUUUGGGCUCUUCAGCCUUUGAUAAUAUGGUUGUUGAUGAAAAUGAAACCAUAAUUGAUGCUGAUGGAAUUGAAUUGAAUAGUUCCCCUGCUCUUUGUUCAAAACAACUGACAUGGCCUGACAGUGGCUGUGAUAUGGCGGUAGAGGACCCAUGUGAAGACAAUAUCAAGUCAUGUUUUAUUGAUACAGAAUUCAGGCCUGAUAUCAAACAUCAUGGUCAAACUCCUUCUGGCAUAUCAGAAAUGUUGGAUAAAUAUCAAGAAGCAGAUGUUUUUACUAAUGGCAGCAUUGAAGUCCCUGAUGUUCAUUCAGACAGUGGAUAUUACAGUGGUUGUGAAAUGGGAAAUUUUCAGUGUAUAACAUCCCAGCCCAGCACUUCAGAGGAAGUUAUGGGUAGUUCAGAGGUAAAUGAUACACUUCCUGCUAUGCAAGUUGAGGGUUAUUCCAUGACAGAUGAAAUAAAUAAACACAAACAUGUAGAAGACAAACACUUGAAUUUGCCACUAAACAGUAAUUGUUCUGACUCUGAAUUACGGCCUGGAGAUGAAAUUAGUUAUUGUCAGCAAUAUAUGUCACCAGUGCAAAAUAAUCAGCUGAAUUACAAGCAUGUUGUCAACAAUCUGUCCAUAGAGGGGAAGCAGAUUUCAGAGGCAUAUGACAAACUUUUAUUUGAGGACUACAAGCCUUUUGCAGAAUUCAGAGAAUCCAAUGCUAGUAAAGUUGCAGAUGUGAGUCUGUACGCCAAAAGUUGUUUUGAUAGAGAAGUGGAAAUUUCUGCUCUUUUUCAACAUGUAUAUGCAAAGCAAACAAAUGAAGAACUUGCUGGAGUUGGUGAUACAAUUAAGAAUACAUCUAGUGGGCACACUGAACAUAAUGAGUCUGACCCUGUGGCUGCACAAGUUUCUUUGGAUGACCAUGGAUUGAGUUUGGAUGACAAGGUGAUUGUAAACAACUGUUCUUCUGAAGAGUUGCAGGAGAUGAAUGUGCUUGGAAGCAUAGUGGAUGUUGUUUUAGAGCACACUGAUGCUUGUGAAAAUGAAUUAAGUUCUGUUGUCUGUACUCAGGCACCCCCUGCAGCUAAGAAUGAUGGUGUUGAUGAGGACCAGAAGGUGGAGUACCCGUCUGAGGAGAAUAGAGUGUUAGGUUCUGCUGAGAUUGAACCAUUGGUCAAAAAUCCUGAGUGUUAUACUGAUACAAAGUUCUGGAAUAAUGAAGAACUUAGUUCUCCUACCUGGUCAUUGACUUGUGGUGUCUCUUUGAAAAUGAAUGAAGUUCAAAAUUCAGGAACAGAAAAUACUUGCGAAUCUAAAGCAUUUUGUUCACAGAACAAAGAAUCUAAGUUUUCAGCUAAUACAUAUCAGAGGGUAUCAAUUGUAGAAAAUAUAUUUCACAUAUUGAAGCAUGAUUCUUUGCCAGAGGAAGCCAGUAUAUCGCAAAACAGUGACAGUUCUGUAGAUGAACUGCAGCAUGAGCUAGAAGAUGUCAAGUAUGCCACAGACAAUGCAAGAAAAAUGUCAUUAACAGGAAGCAUCUCUGAGGACGUAAAUGCUAAUACAGUGAAGAUCACUGUUUUUCCAGAAGAAGUUACUAUUUGUGAAAAUAAUGACGAUUCUGGUGGUGAAAUGCAGCAUGAGUCAGAAGAUGCAACAAUGUCAUUAACUGGAAAUGACUUGCAGGAAGUACAUGUUAAUUCAAUGGCAAGUGACAAUUUGCCUGAGGAAGAUGAAACUAUUAUCACUCAAAAGGAUGGCAGUCCUAACAAUGAAACGCAGCAUGCUUUAGAUGAUGCCAUACAUGCCAUAAAAGAUAAGGAUACAGCAGAACUUCUUAAGAAAUCUGGGAUUGACAGGAAGCAAGAUACUUCAAUGAUAAAACCUCCACCACAUGCUGUUCCGUUUUCCGAUGAGUGGUUAGCUGCAUUUGAAGCUGCUGGAGAGGAAAUUCUAACCUUGAAAAGUGGUGCUGUACAGCAUUCACCCCAAGACAAGACUCAACCUGAACCUGGUCCAUGGUCCCCGGUGAAGCGGAAGAACAAUCAAGGCAUUGGGCCAUUUGACUGUACAAAAUUUACCAACAUACCUCCUCCUUCCUAAUGCCUAAUCAUUCUUUUGCCUCUAACAUUGUUACUGAUUUUGAAGCACGCCAUAUUUUGAGCAAAUAUUAUUGUCUGAAUUAUGGCUUGCCCGGGCAUUUCCACCAAAGCAUAUUUAUUUCUUCUUUAUUCACGCAACAAUCUACAAAUUGUAAAUUAUGUUCCAUUGACUUUGUGUUCUCCGAACUCUGAAAAAUCAACCCAUCUUAGGCCAGUCUUGAAAUAA